AUGGCCAAGCUCGAGGAGUACGCCCGAUUCCCACCGUGCGCUUCCGAUGAUGAUGAUGAUGAUGAUGAUGAUGAUGUCCCGACCGUCGGUGAUUGCGCCGCCUUUUAUUGUCUUCUCGAGGGCGGUGUCGGCGUCGGCGCCAAAGGCUGCCGAGGUUCAAAAGAGAACGGGGUCUCCGGGAGACGCGGCGAAGGAAAGCUGGCAUCACUACAAUCUAUCGGCGGGUGUGGUUGCGGCUGCCCGAAGUGCCUGGUGGAAAGCGGGGGUUUAGAUGGCGACGGUAGCGAGGGGAUGUCGGGCGCAGGGGCGGCGGAGCGGCUGCUCAAGGCUGCCCAGCAGGCGGUGGAUGAAGACCGCUUCGACGAUGCGUUCGAAGCGUUAUCAAGGGCAGCCAGGGCUGCGCCGGACAACUCGGACAUCCUCUACCGAGCCGGUGUUUGCGCCAUCAACCAGGGGCGGUGGAGCAGGGCUCUCCGGCUGUGGAGGGACGGUCUGGCCCUAUCCCCUGACCAUCCGGAGCUGAAGCGAGAGGCGGAAAAGUACCAGGCACUCGCUUUCUGGCUUGAUCCCGGCAAAGGGGAUGCCAACCCCGACGCAAGAAGCAGUAGCGGUGCCCUCGUAGGCGCGGCGACAGACAGCAGCACCGCCGCCGCCGCCGCGUCGUCCCCUCCGUUUUCAUCGCCACCGCCUCCGCUGACGACAGGCGGCCAGGACGACGGCUUCACGGCCACGGCACUGCUACCCGCCGGAGAAGCUUUCGACAACCUCGACGUGGACUUCAUGACCGGCCACGGGGAGUGGGUGUGCAGCACGCGGCUUCCCCUCCUCUCGGCAUCCGAGUGCUCCGCUAUCGUCAACGAGGCCGAGGAGAAAGCCUCCGCCGCCGUCGCCGCGGCAGCCGGCGGCGGCGGCGGCGGCUGCGGCGGCAGCGGCGGCUGGGGGACGUCUAGGCACUACGCCGUCCCGACGACGGACGUGGCGGUGCGCGAGCUCCCGCGGACCCUUGCGUGGUUCAACCGGGCGAUGCGGACGCGGAUAGGCCCGACCGUUGCGGUCGCCGCGGCGUUGGGCGGAGGCGUUUUCGAGAGGCCGGGCCGACGGUCCGGUUCGUUGAAGCGCAGUCCGCCCGUGGCGGAGCCACACGCGCAAGACGAGGAUUUCCCCGCUCGCGCGGUUUGCUCCGCUGCUGAUAGCGACGAGGCGGCAGAGUCGGCGGAGGCUCUGCGGGCAAGCGCGUCGGUAGAACCGGAGAACGGGCAAGAGCGGCGGCAGGUGGAGAGCGACGACGACCAGGAGGGACAGGGGCGAGAGGCAGAAGAGCCUCGCGGGAGACCAGGAGCACCAACGCCUCCUCCUCCAGCGCUGAUGUUGCGGAGGCUCAGGGUCCACGACGCGUUCGUGGUGCGGUACGACGCCGCCGCCCAGCGCUCCCUGCCCCUGCACACGGACCAGGGGGAGCUGUCCCUGACCAUCUCCCUCAACGGUACCGGCGAGUACGAGGGCGGGGGCACGUGGUUCGAGGGUCUCGGCAGUGCCGUCCGGCCCGAGGAGGCCGGUCACGUGGUCGUGUUUCCGGGGGGGAGGACCGUGCACGGGGGGAGGGAGGUGACGAGGGGGGUCAGGUAUAUCCUAGCCGUGUUCUUGUACGAGCAUUGGGAGGAGGAGGAGGAGGAGGAGGAGGAGGAGGAGGAGGAGGAGUGAGGGCGGCGUGGCGAAGGGGCGUGGUCGGGGCUCGAUUGGCUGGGUCCAUGCCGCAGUAGAAGAUAUUCACUCUUGCCUCCCAGAAAUAUAUAUAUAUAUAUACAGCUGCUCGCGAAGCGGCAGAAAGGAACGGUGAUCGAGCCACGGCACGAGAGACGGUUAACUUGACUGACACGGCCGCCGGAGACAGGACAGCAUCUAUCCUGUUUAGCUCCAUUUGUUGUGAGUUUGAUCCACGAAACCAAAAUGAGCUCUGCAUAGCUACACGCGCGUCGACUCACGCACUGGCGUUCCCGCAGCGGGGACCGGUGGUGGCCGUUUUCGGUGGAAACCUCCACAAGGAUUACCGCGGGGAAGGAGUUCUUUUCACGGUGCAGAACAAUAUUGCAAAUCGAACGGGUGAGUUUCAAGCGCCAACCGCUAAGACUUUAAGCAGCUGACGUUGACGAUGAACCGAGUAUCGCGUUCCAGGUGUUCGACAAAGGGCCCUUCAAACCAGUGCCAUGGCAAUGCCCGGAACCGACAGCCGCAAGUACAACACCACUGCUGCGAGAUAUCAACGCCGCCGCGUGCAUACGUUCGGGGACAACACUCCGCCAUCGUGUUCAAGUGUUCACAUGUUUUGUGUCGCAUGGGGCAUGGUGUGCGAUACCCAGCAUCGCAUUGUUUGUUGUUUGGUUUCCGUCCUCGUGGUGCCCUGGGUAUUGUCCUCAGUGUGAGCUAUAUGGUUCGUCGGGAGGGACGCGAUAGUGACAUGCUUAAGACUACGUUCCGCCUUGAUAACUUCUUUUUCUCACUAUAAUAGCGAAAUUGAGCUGCAUUGUGCUUGAGAGUGCACGACAGCGCUACUGUUUGCCGACGCUGGCGCUGCUGAUGAAAGCAAGCGCCGCUCCAUAUUUUUUUUCGUUUCACUCAUAUUGGUGUCCCCCUACAAACCCAGCCAUGGUCAAGCGGCCGUAAUGUACCUGUGGCAAGCAUGGCUAGGUGGCUUAAAUCCCUUUGAGAGUUGCCAAAUACACCGGUUGCUUUUGGCACCGAAAAACUAAUAUAAGCUCUAUCUAGCACCUGCACAGCACCACACACCUAGCUGCACACCAACUUGCACAUCCCCGCGCAACGAACGUUUCGAAUUUUCCGUCCAAAGAAAAGGCUUACUACCCGAAGAAGGUAAAACAAAAACUUUGUAAGACCGAGAGACAACGUUACCCGGAAAGGCUCAUUGAUGUGUAUGACGGACCACCAGCAGUCAAGUAGAGAAAUCUCCCCAGCCGUGCCACAAACCAAACGGAAACACGCUCCUGCGGUGUUGAGGAAAAACCCCAACUCCAUGAGCAGCCGCAAGACACAAAAAAUGAAAUCGAGAAACUAGCGCCGCGUCGAGACGCCUUGUCACGCAUCAUGCCGCCCAAAGAGGGAAGCACCUCUUUUCAUUCCUUACCUUCUUGAGACAGUCUAUCCCCAUACCUAACCACAUCUUCCAACAGCAUUGUGUACCGAGUCCCAUCCGGGCGACUGCACACGGGGGUGCUGGCCAAACUCCGUGGUCUGACCCGCUCAAAAGCCGCGUCAAGUAGAUACCGUGCACGAAAUAUGUACAAGUAUCAUCUUGUAG